CAAAACUCUGGACCAAGCAAGCGGUUACUGGGCUGAGGCCCUUCCCGUCAUGGAGACUCCACUGUGCGCCGUAGUUGACCCGGUUCGAGACUUCCGUUGGCAUGCCCUCCGCUGUGGAGGACCAGAAACAGCUGCCUUCCUGUGUGAACUUCCAGUACCGUCGUGGGCCUUGGACUGCACCGUGACGUCGAUGCCUUCACUGACCGUACAGUACAUGUCGGACAGCGGAGCCGUACAGUUGGCCCGGGACUGCGGCGAGCAGGGCACCCGGCACAUGUCCUGUCAGGGAAAACUCGAUCGGGAUACGAUCCUACAGCAGUUGCAGUGCAGUGAUCAGGAGGUGGAUCCAGCCCAGCUAGCAACCGAGAAUAACCAGCUUCCGGUGGAAGUGGCAGCCGGAGCAGCAGAAAUGGCGGAGCAACAACAGAUGUCGGUUGCUACCAGAAGAACGCUGCUACCGCAGAUCUUGGACCAUGAUAUUCUGACGGUGGUGUCUAACAAUGAUGAGGACAACAACAUUGACGUAAAUCCGAGCCAGAUUGAGGACACUGUGAAGAAUGUGAUCAACAAGUUUAACCUGGCUGAUUUGAUGCAGAACGAUCAGUCGUUGCACAGCGACGAGAUGGAUGGCCAUUAUGACGAACAGGAGAAAGAAGUCAAGAAGUUGGGUGGAAAGAAGUAUUCAUCGAUGUUCGAGAAGAAGGGCAAAUUUGAUAAGAAGGGCGAGAAGAAAGUGGACGAGGAUGAGGAGACGAUGAUGGGUGAUCAGCCGGACGAGACAGAGACACAGCCGAUCGAUAUCGUGCAGCAAGCGAUGAAACCGACGGAAGGUGAUUCGGAUGAGAGUUCGACGUCUGGAGUGGUCGGAAGCUCGACCGAAGGAGCAGCAGCAUCAAGUGAAGCCAUUGUGGUUGAGAGCACUACGGUAGACUCCCGAUUACGCCGAGCAACUGAUGGUGAAACGGUGGAAACAACUGAAGUUCCGACGACGGUUGAAUCUACGACAACGACUACGACUACGACAACUACCAUGGAACCGACUACGAGCAGCACAGCCAGUCACAUUCUUCCAACGACUCCUAAGAAGGAAAUAUCCGCCAUCGGAGACCACUUCAUACCGCCAAUGCUUCUUGUGAAGGCUCGCUUCACUUCCACAAAAGCUCAUGUAGACACCACCACCACCACCACUGUGGAACUCUUAACGGAAACUCCUGAGCCUUCGCCAUCCAGUUCGGCUGCGCCAAUUUCGUCAACCGAAGAUCCUACCACUGCAAUUAUGACCGACGAAACCUACGCAGUUUCCGAUAGCGGAAAUGACGUCCAACUUGUUGAGCUAAACGACAAAACCUCGUCCCCAGAGAUUUCCACCUCUACCGAAUCCGACGUCACUACCGCCCAUCAGGUCGUAGAAAUAACAUUCGAAGAUAAGGAAAUUUCUUCCAAAAUUGGUACCCUCAGCAUCACGACCCGUCCAUUUACGGCAGGCGAACUCCAGUCAUCGACGGCCGUCCAAAACGCCACAGCCCUCCCGGAAACUGCUUCCACAACUGUAGUUUUGCCAACCACUACUACAACCACGACAACAACUACGACACCUGCUCCAACAACAACGUCAGUCCCAUCAACGACUACGACUCCUUCCACCACCCUAAGACCAACGACCAUCCAGACCGUGACCGAGCACGAACUCCACCAGGACGAUGACGACACUGAUGAUGGUGCCGAUGACCGUCAUGACAGCCACGAGGAAGAGGACAACGAAGCCGAUCAUCACCACGAGGAGCUGCACAACAGUUUUUCCAACAUUGAAAACUUCCAACCAUACAAACCGAACCGGCACCGCAGUCUUACCAAACCGGAAGUGCACAACAACCACGGCAACUAUAUCAAGAAGAUUCUCGGUUGAAACCGAACGCGACGCUAGCAGUAGGCUGCGGAUGCCAUAUGCACUUUCCAUCAACACCGAUGGCUAUUCGAUUGCUUUCCCCGCCCCUCCGGCACCGCAGUGGAAGCAGCAGUAGAUACUAAGCUGACAACUACAAACGUUUGUUUUGAUUUUGGCAGAAAGUAAUAAACUGAAACACUAGUAAAUAGAUACAAAAUUUCUCACUUUUCCCCCCUCCUCAGCAGAAACUAAUCAAAGUAGGCAGUUAGCAGCAGACCUUUUUGCCUGUGAAAGCAGUUUAAACUUUUGACGAAAAGCGCAAACUAACGUUGCAUCAAUCAAUAUCGUUCUUUUUCUUCGAAAAAUUAAACAAAAACAAACAAUUAGCGAACUAGAGAACGCUGUGUAGAGUAGAACUCCCGUUGCAGAAGAAAUGUUUCCCUUUCGGUUAAAACAAUUGCAAAACAAAAACUAUCUUUCACACAGGUUAAUGAAAUUAGAGUUAGAAAAACUAAUACAAAAUACAAAACAAAGAAACACGUUGCCAAUAAUUUGAAAACCCAAUUUAAGUAAAAUAGUAAAACCAAACAAAAGAAAAGAAAAAAAAAACAAGCAAGAGUUGUGGAAGAGAUUGGAAAACCUUGCGGAUGAAAAAACUAUAAUCAUUAAAAAUUACGAUCUUUAGCCGUGUAAUAACGUUGAUCCAAAUUGAUUUUGACUGCAGUGUCGCAGUUAGCAACCAUUUGCAGCUAUUAACGAAUGCUAAAAUUGUAGCACAAGCUAGAAGUUUAGAAAGACGAAGAACGCCAGAACAACAUUAAAAAUUCACACGAUCUUUUCGCACGUGCAAACUCCCAUAAUUAUCGUGGUUAGUUGGUAAGAAAUUUACUGGAAUAAGGAGAUGAUUUUAAUAAAAAUACAUUAAAUUUAA